AUGGAGUGUGGCGGGAAGAUGUAUAUGCAUCUUCGUGACUGGCCCUCUGCAUUUCGAGCAUUUUCUGAAGCCUUUCUGCACUACAACGAGUUUGGUGACCCUCGCAAAACGGCCUGCCUUAAGUACCUUGUGUUUGCGCGCAUGCUGGGCGGCUCCACCAUCGACCCGUUUGCCAGACGUGAAACAAAGGUGUACGAGGACUUGCCUGAAAUUGUGCCGGUUGCAAUGCUUAUGAGGUCAUUUGCGGCGAAUGACGUUCGCGAGUUUGUCGAAGUUAUGAAGCUUCACCGGGCCUCUUUUGAGGCGGAUGCCGUGCUGAAGACUUGCCUAGACCAGGUGCUAGAGCAGCUCCGCCUGCAGGCCCUUGUCGCGUACGUGGAGCCGUACGAGCGUCUCUACACGCAGCGUCUGAAGGAGGUGUUGCUUGUGGACGCGGACGAGGUCGAGCGGCUCUGCGUCAGGGCGGUGGUGGAGGGUAAAGUGAACGCCGCCCUGGACGAUGCGGAGCACGUCCUUGUCAUGCAACGGGAGCGGCUGACAGAACCGGAGGCGGAGCAGCUUGAGGCGCUGACUCGCUGGUCCACGACGCUGCUUGAACUCAGCAAAGACACACGGCAGAGGCUGGAGCGCAGCAUGUGA